AUGUCUCGCAUGCAAAUCCCCCUCGAUGUGAUCACAUCGCGCCUCAACCUCUCCGACCGCUUCGCCAGCGUGCGAUCUCAAUCCCUGGGCGCCCGAUUCGCAAACUUGAAGCCCGUCACUGAAUUCUUUGACUUGAAACGGCUCUCCAAACCCGCAAACUUCACCGAGGUCCAGUCCCGCGUCAACUACAACCUGGGCUACUUCUCCAGCAAUUAUGCCGUCGUCUUCACUAUGCUCAGCAUCUACAGCCUGCUCACCAACUUCCUGCUGCUGUUCGUCAUCAUCUUGGUCAUCGGUGGCAUGUGGGGGAUUGGCAAGCUGGGGGGCGAGGACCUCAAUCUCCUUGGAUUUCACGCAACCUCGUCUCAACUCUACACUGGUCUCCUAAUCGUUGCCGUCCCCCUCGGCAUCAUCGCGUCACCAAUCUCAACCAUCCUCUGGCUCAUCGGUGCAAGCGGAGUCAGCAUUCUAGGACACGCCUCGUUUAUGGACAAACCUAUCGAUGAGGCUUUUUCCGGGGAGGCGGUCUAG